UUCCACCUCUUGCCUUCCAGCAACCAAUCGUCUGAUUUAAUUACGCUACAUUUUUCCCAUAAUCGCGUAAUCAGCGGUGGUGAAGUGUUCGUCGUCAUUUUUCAUUUCUCACGUCGACACUCUCUCUUCCUCGUUUGAAGUUGUACGUGGUAUCAGGUCGUGUAACAGUGUAAUCCAACGGUUGUGAGUACGUUCGAGUAGCGGAUUGGGCGUAGGAAUUCGGUCGAGUUUAGUGCAAGAUCUUACGAGACAAGAGAGUAGUGAAUUUGCUGCAGAACAAUGCAACGUAGAAGAGUUUUGGGAAAGCGUCUGUUCGGUGAAUUCGCUGCAAGUGGAUUCAAUGCAAAGCGCAACCGCUCGGAUCAGGAAGUUCCGACGAUGGAAGAUGACACUUCCGCUUCACCAUCAACAUCGACAGCUGGAACCAGUAGUGGUGGAUCGGUUAGACGUCCCUGUACAGACAUUCUCGCCAAAGUACCUCGCGCUGGAACCCCGGUCGAAAGAAAUCGUGUCAGAACAGCGGGACCGUAUGUGAUAGGCCAUGAGCUGGGUACUAGCCCAGGCGUACCGCAGACACAGUAUCUAGCUCGAAAGGAAAACACUAGCGAGUUUUACUUGCUUAAGAUUCUUAGCUACGAUAUUGAAACCGAACUGGUCAACAAAGAGACACAGCAAGGAAAAACACUGUUGCAUACGGAAUACACGCUACUUUCACUGCUAGCAGAUCUCGAUGGGGUCAUCCACCAUCAUGGACUGUUUUGCGAUUACGCUCUAGAGGAAAAACAGGUCGAUUCGACUGAUUUAAAUCUACGUCAACAGCGCAUCUACACAGGUCGACUGAAGCGCCGUCUUAUUCUAGUACUGGAUUGUGUCCAUUCACAUGAGUUCUGUGAGCGUUCUGCAGCUUACGUGAAUCUUCAGAAGCACGUACAAACGCAUAAAUUUUCCGAGAUCGAAGCACUGAUGGUUUUCUACGAAAUCGUCAAAGUUGUAGAACAGCUCCACCAGCGCAACGUUAUUCAUCGAGAUCUAAAACUGAAUAACAUUGUACUGAACAGACGCACCAACAAGAUUGUGAUAACAAACUUCUUCCUGGCAAAGCAUCUCAACAGCGAGGAUGACAACCUGUUCGAUCAGCGAGGAAGUCCGGCCUACAUCUCACCUGAUGUACUCGGGGGAAAGCCGUACAAGGGCAAACCAUCGGACGUGUGGGCCCUUGGAGUGAUCCUUUACACGAUCAUUUACGGCAAGUUCCCGUUCCUGGAUACUACACCGUCGGCUUUGUUCAAAAAGAUUCGCCAAGCGGACUACGUGAUCCCAGUUGAAACCAAAACCAGCCCCCUAACGAUCCAGCUGAUUAAAUCCAUGCUUACACUAAACCCGUCGGAGCGAUUCACUGCCACCGAAGUUCGCAUAGAGCUGGAACGGUCGAUCGUAAGCCUACUCGGACCAAGAAUCGAAAUAGAUCAAAUUGUUCCGGAAGUGGAAGAUCUCGAACAGACUGCUGAUGAACGAAACAGAGGCAACCAGCAGGGUAGCGAUAGCAAGCCAACUUACCCAAGCCAUGAAUUAUCGCGGGAAUCGUUCAGCCGCGUACUGGAGUCGGGUAUCCAUCGUCGUGAAAACGAAAGUUUUUUGAGACCACGAUCGCUAGUCACUAGAGUUAUUUCGAUGCGCAACAAUUCCACCAAUUUGCGUGGAUUUGCCUCGGGCGGAAAUCGACUAACCGUGUUCGGUAGUAGUAGCCCCCGGAGUUCAACCGUAAACAGUAUCCCAAUCGGGAGGAACCGUCCAACCAAUUCAAAUGAAGCUUUUGUUGUUCGGACUCCGAACAACAGACCUGAAUUGGUCCAGGUUCGCCUCGCCCCCAUAAAUACUACCAAUGGGGACAAUUUCGUAACAAUGGCAACACAAAACAUAGGUCAACAGCAACAGCAACAACCACCGAACUUGAACUCAGCUCAGCAACAAUCUGUCUUCGUACACGUGGAUGCACAGGCUUUGAAUCACAUCAUCAAUUUUCAAACAUCCAACGCGAUUCCCAUCCCGAUUCAAGCUCCAAUGAUUGCCAGUCCAUCCGUUGCCACGCCGUCAGUGGUCGCUUCAGCAUCGCUUCAAAAUCCGGGCGUACAGAACCUGUUUUCCGCUAUGAACGACAUGUUUGCUCGUGGUCGCAUGCCACCGCCAAGUCGUGAUGAAUCACCCGAUUUCCAAGGCAUUAUUACACUUGAAAUGGCCAACAAAAUUGUCACCUGGCUGUUGGCCAACUUCCGGAAUCAUGCUGUAGUUCGGGAAAUUUUUGGCAGUACCUCCGGUAACAAGGUCAACAACGUGUUGGAAUUGCUACGUCGGUUUGGUGUACAGAUGGAGUCCAGAGGUGGUACCGCGCUGAUCAAAGUGGAGCAAACCAUAGAUAUUUUGAUGUUUAUGACGUAUUUGUUGCAGGUGGCCGGAAUGAAUAACAAUUACUUUCUCAAUUCUUACUGAUUGAAAAUGGAGUGCCCGUUGUUCUGGGUUGCUAGGGCUAUUUCGUUAUGAAGUUAUAUUUGUUUUACACAAUGUGUAAAUAAGGAGAGUGGCGCUAGGUGAGGUCGACAUAGGUCAGCACAAUUCACAUUGAAUUUUGUUGUAUUUAAUAGAUGUGCAUUUUAAACAGUCACUAGGUAUGUGUGUAAGCGUGACUAAAUAAACAGCAAUAUUCGCUGUUUGAUAAUUGCUCGAUUUCACAUGAUGCUUGAACUCACUUUGGAGUUCGGCAUCGCUUUUCUAUCUAACAUUGGCACCUCUCGUUUUCGUUUAAAUUGAUGUUGCUGAAUUUCAGUCAUUAACGCAAUCAGCCUCUAUCUUUCACAAGCCAGACCGCUUAAUUGAUUUUUUUCUCCAAAAUUGACUAUGCAGAAGUCUCUUAUGUUGAAAUGAAUUUUGUUGUUUAGUUUGUUCAAAGAAGAUAGCAAAAACUUGAAGUAAACAAGCGCUGGUUGGAUCUAAAGCGUACUCAUUUCGCCCUAUCCCGCUGUUUGUUAGUGUUGGAUGAGUUCGGUUAUAGUCGAAGUAAUGUCUUGACCAUGUUUUGAGAAAAAAUGAAUUAUGUUAAACAUUUUAAGUUGAAAUGAAUUUCGUUAAAAAUAAACAUCAUGCUGAGUUUUUCCUACACUGAAAAUCUUGUCAAUAUCCCCGCAAGAA